AGCUCUAGAACAUGGCCCGGCUCCUGGCCCGGCUCCUAGCCCGGCUCCUGGUCCUGGUCCUCACUGUGAUCUGCGGGAUGCCUGUGGACUCAGAUUCAGUCCAGAAAACCGUCUCAGCUGUUGAAGGACAAACUGUCUCUCUGCCGUGUGAAGCUCCGAACGAUGAGACCAUCAGAGUGGUGGAGUGGACCAGACCGGACCUGAAGGACCAGCCUGUUCUGUUAUACAGAGACGGACACUUUGAUCCAGAUAAUCAUCCUUCUUAUCGGAAUCGAGUGGAUCUGAAGGACGUGAAGGACGGAGACGUGAGUCUGAUCCUGAAGAACGUGACCUUCAAUGACCGUGGGACAUUCGAGUGUUACGUCAUCCAGGGAGGAGAACAGUCCAGAAAGAAGAGAUCUGAAGACACCGAGUCCCUCAGCUUGGUCUCUCUCUCAGUGGUUCCUCCUGCAGGAGACCCAGGAGGACGAGGAGGGGAUGGAGGACAUGUUGGUCUGAUUGUUGGUGCGACUGUAGCUGCUCUGGUUGUUGUUGGUGUUGUGAUGCUUCAAAGAUACCUGAAGAAUCAGGUCGUCUCCGAGACACUGACUGCAGGCUGUGGACUCUCCGUCUUCCGUGAUCACCUCCUGAGUCCAGCCAGAGAGGAGCAGCUGGUUCUGAUCCAGAUCCUCCAGAAAGACCCAGAGAAGGAGCUCCGACAUCCAGAGAGGAGCAGGAGCAGGAGGAGGAGGAGAGACCGGCCGGACUGGACGAUGGAGGGAAGACGUGUUCUGCAGCUGCUCUGUCUGACCUUCGCUCUCAUCUCCACCACUCUACCGUCUCUUCAAGGACUGACUGUGAGUCCCAGCAGAUCUCAGUUCCUUAAGACAGACUCAGUGUCUCUGAGCUGUGAGGAGGACGGAUGGACAAUUUGGAGGAAGACCAGCAGAGAACAGAGGAGUUCAUGUGAAGACGGGUGGGGAGAACCUGCUGGUUCCUCCUGUAGAAUCAGCUACAUGGUGACCAGAGACAGUGGAGUUUACUGGUGUGAGUCCAGAGAGGGAGCAGCUGGAAGCAGCAUCAACAUCACUGUAGCUGAUACAGUGGUCCUCCAGAGUCCAGUCCUCCCUGUGAUGGAGGGACAGGACGUCACUCUGGGUUGUAGAACCAGCGCUCCCUCCACCCUCUCAGCUGAGUUCUUUAAAGACGGCGUCUCCAUCGGGACCGAGUCCACAGGUCACAUGACCCUCCGCCAUGUUUCCCGCUCUGCUGAAGGCCUCUACAGGUGUAGCUUCAGAGGUGUUGGAGAGUCUCCACCCAGCUGGAUCUCUGUCUCAGGAGACAGUGUGCCCGUCUCCAUGGCGACCGCUGGUGAGGUUCAGGCCUCUCGGGGAUUGGAUGAAGACUCCGAUGACGCCAUGGCGGCGGUCAGCACGGAGCAUCACUUCUGAAGUCAACCAAAC